GCCUCCUUUUCCUGCCCUGGACUAUGAUUCUCAAGAGGAGGAUGAGGGUGGCCAGCAGGGAGGUGGAGGUAGCUUUCCUAAACUGCAUGGACGGGAGAGUAUGGAUGGGGGACCAGAGGAGAGGAAAGAUGAGGCUGCAGGAGAGAAGAAAAGUGAGGAGGAGGAUCAAGAGGAUCAGGAAAAGGACACAAGAAGCCCAAGAACUCUAUUGCUGAAUAAUACUAAGAGGUUUAAGGAAAAAUUUUCACAGGUGGGCAGCAGUGACAGUACUCUCGGGGACCUCAGAAGCUCAUGGUCCAAUGGGUUCCUAGAGCUCUCCUCUGUCUUGGCUCAUCUUCAUGCUCACCCAUUAAUGGCUGAGCAAGAGAUGCAAGAGGAUGAGGAAAAUGAGCAAGGAGACAAGGAGGAGCUGAAAGAAGUUGUGGUGCAGUUGGCAGACCUCCACACUGGUCUUGCAGAUUGUUACAAAUCUCUGGAGUACCUGGAGAAGUUUAUCAAGGUGGUGGGUGAGGGUCGGCUGGCAGGUCUGGAGGGGCUGGCAGGAAGUCUUAUGGAAGUGCUGCUUCUCCUCUGGCGUCUUGGGAGGCGGCAAGGCAUCAGCGGUAGGGUGCAGGUGAUGCUGGAAUGUGGAGUGGAGAGCCUGGUGGGAGUGGUGACGAGGGAAUUACGGCCUGUUAACCUCCUUCCAGCAUCAAUGCGAGAGGCUCACCCAUUUCUGGCAUCCCAGAGAAGGGUAAUGGAGGCCCUGCAUGUGGUGGCAGAAUGGGAGGAAGCAGUGAUGGUGUGUGCACAGACUGUCAUGGCAUCAGCCAAGAGACAAAGAGAUGGAAGACAGGACUUUGACCCAACCAAGGUUCUGGGGACCAUUAGUGGCCUACGAUCUGUGUGCACUGACCUUAGUGAUAUCAUGAAGGUUCCCAUGUACCCCUAA